GCUAUGUCAGCAGGACACGUCAGCAGGACACGUCAGCAGGCUAUGUCAGCAGGACACGUCAGCAGGACACGUCAGUUGUGCCACGUCAGCAGCAAGGGAUACCACAUCAACAGGCCCCCGCUCCGGUCUAUGCUGUUGCGAUCUCAAACAGCAGUCAUGGACCAGAGGCCCGGGGAAGCAGACGAGGCCUAUCAGGCCCGCAUGCUGGCCUGGAGUACCGAGACUAAGAAACGGGCAGAUGACGCUGCAGCAGCAGCGAAGAAAAAGGCAGAAGAUGCCGAGCAGGCACGUCUGCUGGCACUUGAACAACAGCGCCAGCAUGACGAGGCAACAGCACGGGCCGCGGAUGAAGAAAGGAACCAGCAUCGUGAGAAGAUAUUUACCGGAGAGCGGGCGUUACUUACCAUGGCAGCAGAAUGGCGAACCGAGGCCGAGAAUAGCCAGUUGGAGGAUAGCGCAAACAAGAUAGCGCUCCUCCUCUCGCAUCUCACGGAUCUCCUGGCAACUUGCAUUACACAGCAGGUAGAGAUCCUUGGUCUCGAUAGAUCGCUAGCUCACCUCCAAGACCGUUUUCAGCGGUUAGAGCAGCGACCAGUCGCCGCCGCCGACGCAGGCUCUUCCAAUACUGUCGACCGCCUCAAUGCAUUGGAGAUGCACGUCAUCUCACUCCAGGAUGGCGCACAGUUACAGCUCACUGCGAUGCAACAGUUGCAGCAGCGGGUCUGUACCACCACCACUACCUCGAGUACGGAGCCGCGCGAGACAACUCCAAAGUUUGACGCACAGGAGAUCUUCUGCGACUCCAUGAAGGCAGAUCCGAUUCCAUGGUUCCGCAAGUUCGAGCUCACGCUGCAUCUGUCCAACGUCAAGGAACACAAGCAUCACGCCUACUUGUACUCUCCGGCCGACUUGCACACCAAGAUCAGUUGGGAUGAUCUGAAGGCGGCGUGGCACGAGCGGUUCCAGGUGGAGCCGCCAGAGAUCAAAGCCAUGGACAAACUCAUGGUCUUCGAGCAAGGCACGCUGCCGAGUACGGACUGGAUCGCCGAGUACCAACGCUUGACGUCAGUCCCAAACAUCCAGAUGGGCUUCAAGGCCAUCCGCCAUUACUUCAUCUCAAGGUCAUGUCCGACAUUAAGCAAUGCUGUGACUCAUGUCGAGGACACCUUCACGACGACGGCGGAGUUGUUCGAUCAGGCUGCGCAGAUCAUUAUCGCGAACAAGGAGGCCAAGAACCUCCGUUCAUCUUCGUCAGGCCCGAGCAGGGACCAGCAUCAGCCAAGAAUGGCCGUGGUCGCAGCGGCAGCGCUGUUAGACAAGACCAGCGAGGCUGUGUCUGCCAGUGAAGGGGACAGAUUCGCAGCCGCCCGGGAAGGUGGCCGCCCCGGCAGAGGCCGAGGACGCGGCAAGACGAAGUCACACACCGUUUCUAGCCCCGGGCCCGGUGCAGCAGCUCAGACAGGCCCAUGGACCCCCGCUAAUCUUCACACUUACCUAUCCUUCUAUCCACCACCAACUUCGCCGACGGAUGACGAAGUCGCGGUGGGGGACAUCCUGGCAUAUACUACCAAGGUGGCCCGCGAGCUUCGCACGCAGCGGUACGAUAACAACAAUGCACCGCUCAUGUAUGUCCGCAUCCAGGUUGGGCAAGCGUCCUGCAGCGCUUUGCUGGAUAGCGGCGCGUCUCGCAACUUCAUGAGCCAAUCUUUUAUGCAAAGGGCUGGCCUUGGCGCACAAGUUCGGAGGAAGGCAAACCCGACGACAAUGAAGUUGGCGGAUGGAAAGACGCAACAACUUCUCGACCGUUACCUCGAGGCCGUACCGGUCCACUCCGCACCUCAUGCAUGCGAACCGGUAACAUUCGAUAUUCUCGAUACGGACUUCGACAUCAUUUUGGGAAUGCCUUGGCUUGCAAGUGCGGAUCACACGGUCAACUUCCAUCGGCGGACUCUUAGCGUUCGCGACGCCUUCGGCGCGGAAGUGGCGUGUACUAUUCCUCUCCCGCACCCUUCGAUCCGGUGCCAAGUGGUGACGACCAAAUCAUUCCGGGCGACUUGCGCUUACGAGCAGCCCGAGGAGAUCGGCCUAUGUUUCCUACGGACCGUCGCGGUAGCCGACUCUUCACCCACGGACUUGUCUUUGGACCCCCGUGUGGUACGGUUGCUAGACGAGUUCGCAGACAUCUUCGAGUCACCUACCGGUGCGGUGCCUGGUCGGUUGCAUCUAUGGAUGAGCGAGGAGGAGCUUGAGGUCCUCCGCGCACAACUCGAUGAUUUGUUGGCCAAGGGCUGGAUCCGCCCGAGUAGCUCCCCAUAUGGAGCACCAGUUCUCUUCGUCAGGAAGAAGAACAAGGAUCUACGAUUGUGUAUCGACUACCGCAAGCUCAACGCGCAAACCGUCAAGAAUGCGGGGCCUCUUCCUCGCAUCGACGAUCUUCUCGAGCGGCUGGGCGGUGCGAAGUAUUUUUCCAAGUUGGAUUUGAAAUGGGGAUAUCAUCAAAUCUUGAUUCAGCCGAACGAUCGCUAUAAGACGGCGUUCAAGACGAGGUAUGCGCAUUUUGAGUGGGUGGUCAUGCCUUUUGGCCUCACCAACGCCUUGGCGACCUUUGAGGCGACGAUGACCAAUGAGUUCCGUGCAAUGUCGGACCGGUUCGUGCUGGUCUACUUAGACGAUAUUCUCGUCUAUAGCCGGUCAUUGGAGGAUCAUCUGGGGCAUCUUCGACAAGUGUUGGAGACGCUCCGCCGCGCCAAGUACAAGGCCAACCGUGACAAGUGUGAAUUUGUCCGGCAAGAGCUGGAAUACUUGGGCCAUUUUGUCACACCGGAGGGCAUCAGUCCGCUAUCGGACAAGAAAAAGGUCGUCCAAGAGUGGCUGGAGCCUCGGAACGUCACGGAUGUCCGCUCGUUCCUCGGUCUUACCGGCUACUAUCAGCGCUUCAUCAAAGGCUACUCCAAGAUCGCGGCCCACUUGAACAAGCUUCAGUGUGAGGAUCGGUCAUUUGACUUCGGAGAGGAGGCGCGAGGAUCAUUCUUCGCUCUCAGAGCCGCGCUAUUGUCUGCGGAGGUCUUGCAGAUAAACGACCCGCUUGCGCCUACGCGCGUUACUACGGAUGCGUCAGGCUAUGGCAUUGGUGCAGUCCUCGAGCAACAUGAUGGUGUGGACUGGCACCUGGUCGAGUACUUCAGCAAGAAAGUGCCCCUCGUGCAUUCCAUUGACGAUACACGCAAGAAGGAGCUCCUCGCCUUCGUCCACGCGCUCAAGUGGUGGCGACACUUCCUCCUUGUCUACUCGACCUUCGAGAUUGACGACGACCUGCAGAACAGCUUCAUCCGCGGCUACCAAGCCGACCCUGAGUUUCGCGACAAGUACGCGAAUUGCUCCUCUCCUAAUCCGGCUCCUUCUCACUACCAGAUCCAAAAGGGAUACUUGCUUGUCCACACGUGGGGGAAGGACCUUCUUUGCGUACCGAGUGAUCCUCACUUGCGUACACGGCUUCUUGGCGAGUUCCACGACGCUCCCGCCAGUGGACAUUUUGGAGUCAAUCGCACGAUUGGCCGACUUCGCCAGCGAUUUUGGUGGCCCGGCCUUUCCGGCGACGUCACACGGUAUUGCGAGUCAUGCGAGGUUUGCCGACGCUGCAAAUCCUGCAACCAUCGUCCGAACGGCGAGUUACGACCAUUGCCAGUCCCGUUGCGGCGAAGGGAAGCGAUUGCCAUGUACAUUACCGGCCCGUUCCCCAAGCACAAGACCGGAGUGGAUGGGAUUCUCACGGUGGUCGACCGACUCACCAAGUUCGCCAUGCUUUUGCCUUGUCGCUAUCAUGCCAAGGCACCGGAGUUGGCCGAGGUUCUUUACGCCGGUUGGAUUCGCACCAAGGGUUACCCCAAGGAGAUCGUUUGCGACCACGACAAUCGGUUCAUGUCCGAUUUUUGGUUGGCGCUCAUCAAGCGAUGGGGCUCAUCACUCAAGCCCAGUUCAGCUCGCCACCCUCAAACCGAUGGCCAGACAGAGAGGGCGCAUCAAACCGCACAUGUUCUCCUUCGCACUCUCAUCCGCCCCGACCAGAAAGAUUGGGUUGAGCGACUGUCGGACGUCGAGUUGGCCUACAACUCUUCCAUCCACCCGACUAUUGGGAUAUCGCGCUUCGAGUUCGAGAAUGGCUCGCCGGUCACAUCACCGUUGGACACUAUUACUCCACGCAAGGCCGAGAGCGAGGACCAUCUUCUUUUCUUGCGUCGGAUGUAAGAGCUUCUUGUCAAGGCACGCGACCAGAUGGCUAAGACGCA